GGCAGAAGAGGAACCUCUGUCUGUCUGUGUCCAUGUCUCUGCUCUGUUCCCGGCUUCAUUCCUACAAGCCUGGCCAAUGUCCCGCCUGCUGUUCUACCUCUGGAUUUAAGACUGCUGGAUUACCGCUUGGACUCUCGGCUCAUUAUUCCAUGCUGCCACAUUUAAAUGGGAGGCAAAGUUGGACCUCCGUGGACUGCACAAAUGGUGACAAACAAUUUGAUUCUUCCUGUGCUUUUAAGAGCUUCCUAGCAUUCAAAAUGAGUUCACUUUUCUUCAGUAAAAGUGUUUUUAUAUGUAAAGUAAAUUGAGCUCCUUCCUUUUGGUAUUGUCUGUUUUAAGUAUCUAAUAUUUCUAAUCUAAUAUUUUGGACUUGGAUAUCGAGGCGCAUUUUGAUGUGAAAGAUGAGUGGGGAAGAGGGGUAGAAAUAUAUCUUCAUCUUAACCCUUUUUUUAAAAACUGAAAAUGUGACUGUGGCACUUUCUUGUGUGCUCUGUUAGUGUCAGAUUCUUAUUUUUGGUCAGAGUGGAGGCUUUACUUUGGACUGCAGGUGAACUUGCAUCUCUUCCAGUUCUUCGCUCUCCGAGGGAAUCCUCAAACUAAACUCUCCCCUGUUAACCCACUUAGACGCCCCGAUCUGCCCUGUGUGGGCUUCUCUUAAAGGUCCGUCCUACUGUAGUUUUUUUUUUUUUUUUUUGAGGAAAUCAAGAGCCAAGCCAGCAAAGGGGGUACUGGGAAGGAAGUUACCCCCCUCCCAAAGUUGAGAGGGGGGGAAGAUGGCAGCUCUCGCCAGCUCUCUCAUUAGACAAAAACGGGCGGUCAAGGAAGACCAAACCAACCGACCGGUAGCCAGCAAGCGCAAGCCCUGUCCUAAGAGCAACAAGUCCUUGUGCCAGAAACAGAUCCUGGUCCUGAUCUCCAAAGUACGACUAUGCGGGGGUCGAAAAAGUCGAAACGAAAAAAGGCCGGAGCCACAGCUGAAGGGCAUUGUUACCCGACUAUACAGCCAACAUGGAUACUACCUGCAGAUGCAGCCUGACGGCACCAUGGACAGCACAAGGGAUGAAAGCAGCUCAUUUUCACAGUUUAAUUUAAUUCCGGUGGGACUACGGAUUGUGGCAAUCCAGGGGGCAAAGACAGGGUUAUACCUUGCCAUGAAUAGUGAAGGAUACCUCUAUACCUCGGAGCACUUUACUCCAGAGUAAUUCAAGGAGAGUGUGUUUGAGAACUACUACGUUACAUACUCCUCCAUGCUCUAUCGCCAGACCCAGUCUGGCCGCUCCUGGUAUAUCGGUAUCAACCGUGAUGGCCAGAUCAUGAAGGGCAACCGGGUAAAGAAGACCAAAGGAGCUGCACACUUCCUGCCUAAAGUUAUAGAGGUUGCGAUGUAUAAGGAGCCAUCGCUACAUGAGCUUGCCAGUGAACCAGUGAGUCCUCCUCGGAAGACAGUGAAGACGUCAGAUUCGCCGCCCCUAAAGAACGGUCGAAAAGAAGCUCCAAAGGCUGAUGCCUCAUAGCACAGGAGACUGAGGGUGGGACAAAGGGCAGCAGUGACACUGGGAACACAGCUGUCCAUUAUGCACUGAGGGUGGCUGAGGGAUUGGCCCUCGCCAGCCACCACAUUCCAGAAGUGCACUACGAGAUGCUGAGGGAUAAAAGGGUCAGCAGUCCAUCAGCAGCCUAGAAAGGCCUGAGAGAGCCCCUCCCAACCCCCACCACCUGUCACCAGAGAAGAAAGCCCAGGACCUGAGCCAGAACUGCUACCACUUUUUGUGCCCCCCCCCCCCGACUCCCUAAUGCAAAUUCUCCUUCAUUUCUCUGCUAUGCUCAUGCCUCUUUGUCCCACCGACAGUCAUCUUUUCUCACACGCUUUUCCCGCCGCUUGCACUAUUGCACUGUAUAUUCACCACUCACGCAUUUCCAGCGCUGACUCGGCAUCUUAAUCCUCACCCAUGGGCCCCUCUUGAGCCCAAAAGUUGGUGACAGUGUGUAGCUCAGCCAGCUUUCCACCCACCAUCUGCUGACCAGCUAAGCUAAUCACCAAGGUCAACUGAAGCUCAAAGCGAGAUGAAACAGCUCAGAGCGGAAAGAUAUCAGCAGGAAUCCUGUGUCAGGUCAGGUCAGGUCAGCUGAGCAAGAUGAGUGCAUGAGAAAGUGUGCGGACAAAAUAACAUAUUAAUAUAUUUAAAGAGGAGUUUUUGACACAGCAAUUCUUUUUCUUUUUAUGCUUUGUUUUGGUUUGAAUUUUUCAACCAAUCCUGUGAUAAAAAUUGGAAUUCAUGACUAAUUCAUGAUUAAAAUGAUAACAGUGCUCAAAAAACAAGAUCAAAACAAGAGCAAGGAAGCAAUUAGUGUAUUAAAAAAUGAUGGUGAUUGUGAUGAUAAUGAUAAGAUCAGGAUUUCAGAAUUCCAUAAGGUGAGUGUGAUGUAAAUAAGUUCACAAGAGAGGUACCGCUUGCAUAAGCAUCACAUAAAAUAAAAUAAAAUACAAUAAAGCAACUAUUCAUCCUGGGAAGAUGAGCCAUAAGAUAGGGUCAGAUAGGGUCAAAACACCUGAGCAAUAUUUGCACCAACAAGCCAAAAGAUAAUUCUCAGUGAAGUGAAUGAGUGAAUGAGUGAAUGAGUGAGAGAGUGAGCGUCACCCUCUUUCAAGCCUCUCUUCUCUACCAGGUGACCACUUAUUAUUGCACUAGCUCGUUAAAGGCUACAAAUGAACACCUGGGUCGUGUUUGAAAUCCAGGGUGGCUCUGAAAUCGAGUCGCCCGAAAAAAGGAGCCGUAGUGUGUACUUCGCUCAGCACCUGCUGUCAGCAUAAAGCCAGGAUUGAAGGCAAACAUCAAAGCCAGAGGAGCCUCUGAGCUGGAGCACUUGUUAUUCUGAGGAUGUCUCACAGCUUAUCCACUCACUGGCUUUAUCAAAUCACCUUGGAAGAAUCGCCCCCCCAAAAAUUGUAGUUGUCUGAGUGAAUGUCUUGGUGUGAUUGUAUUUUAACCCCUGUGUGUGGAUGUCUUCUACAGUAUGCCUGCACAGUAUGAGUCUGUGUGUGAAUGAGCGCCCCAUACAGGGAAUGGAUAGAGAUACUGUGGGUAACCUCUACCACGUCCUUCAGACAGGACACGACAUUGUAUCUUUGAUACGUCUGUGUCUGCGAAUGGGUGAUACGUGGGGGAACAUCCGCCUCGUGCACCAAUUCCACUGACUUUAGAGAGUUGUGUACAUUUCAAAACAGCAGGGAGGAGGAUCUCUGGGCACCGCCAUGGGGACUGAACCCACAAAAAUGUACGUCAUUAAUCAAAUUUGUUGUUUAGGUGCAAUCAGCUCACGUUUCAUGUGAUUCGCACUGGGUCUCUUAAUCAGAUAUAAGUUUAGAAAAUAUGUCAUGACCUGAUACAAGCUGAGGCUUCUAAAUGGGAGCUGUCAUGGCAUUGGUUGUUGUCACGUAAACGGCUGGCUGCUGUUGGGUGCUGUCUGCUCUGGUAACCCACUGGGGGACAGAGAUGUCACCACAAUGUUCAGUCAAAGUGCACGGAUACCACCAACAUACACAGACAGCAUUAAGUCCCUUGCUAUAUCAGGAAGAGCAACGUUAGAGAGAGGUUGAAGACAAACUGUGAAAAUGCUCAUUAUACGGCCCCUGAAAAUGACAGAUAAUUAAUUGUAACUAAUUGUAAUGACAACAUAAUGUGAAGAAGGGUUACAGAAUGUGAAACGGUGGGUUUAUGAAUGUGCUGUAUUGAGGGUGAGAGUAAGUCUGAAAUAGGGUGUUGAAUUGCAAAGUGGUCAGCAUAUGGAGGCAGUUUUUAGAGAAAGUAAAGGAUUGGCAGGUGUAUUCUUGAGGAAUGUUGAUAUGAUAAUUCAUGUAAGACAAAGAGGCAUGUAAGGCACUGUGAGCUAUUUAUGACAGGGGGUCUAUGGAGGGCUUUGCAUUUUUUUGAUUAAAGUUUUCAUUUUCUGGGCUUUCCCACGGAGAAUAUCAUUCAGUUCAAAUUUGGAUAUUUUGUCCUUGCUGCAGAUUUUACGUUGUAGACUUACAAAUCUCUAUUUCUAACAAGCCAACGCUCCCUCUCUCUGGUGAAUUAGGCGCAGCCUAGUAUGGCUUCUAACAACAUUAGCAUUACUAACUACUAUAUGACAUCAAAGUGUGCACAGCAGGUAGUAUACAAUGCUAUAGGCUUAUUUUAGCUGUCAGUACUCCUACAGUUUUCAAUAUUUAUGCAUUCCAUCUGGGAGCUUCUUCAUGCCAGUUUGCUUUUCAAAGUUGAUCAUAAGUCCGUUCUAUAUAGGGAAAGCACUUGGAGGUGUGAAGCAGUGACUGACAGACAGCAAAGGAAUCUUGUGUAUAUUUUUCUCUUAUCUAGUCUAUAAAGUAGUGCUUGCAAAUAAAUUAAUUUCAUUAUUGCUUAAUGGGUUUGCCUACAAAAUGUUAGAAAAUGGUGAAAAAUGCCUGGUAUAGUUUCCAAAAGCCUAAAAAGAAGGUAUCAUCACAGCAAUGUUUCGGGGGCAUUUUGCUCGAAUAAUGACAAAAAACAAUGAAUCUAUCGCUAAAACAAUUUUUUGAUAAAUUGUUGCAGCUGUGCAUUACAGGACAUAAAACUAAUAGAAUUAACCCUCACCAUGGCUUCUGUCACUUAAUGCAAUAUCCAAAUCCUCCAUAGAUUUCUCUCCAAAAAAGCAACCAGUCCUUACUAUCAUAACAUUGAAGAACAGUGAGUUGUCCGACAGGGAUACUGCAAGUAGACAGACAAAAACAGAGAAUGUUAAGUAGUCUGAUGUGCGUUAAUGUGAAGUGAAGAACGAAAUCGAAUGUAAGACAGGAAGAUUGAAGCAGAGCAGUAAGCUUUUAUGAGGACAGUGAAGUAAAGUGUGUUGAGAGCUUCAGAGAGAAGUGCAAUGAAGGCGACGGAAGGUAGGAUUCUGGUCAUGCAGCUGUUAAGUGAAACUAGUUCUGCUCUUGAAUAUAAAAUUUCUGGUAGAAAAUGCUCACGUGAGGUUGAAAGAAAAAGCUAGCCAUACAAGAGCUAUUAAGAGGGUCUUUGUCAUUGUAGUUUGAAGAAGUAAGAGCGUGUUCUGUUUUCCCAUUGAGAAUACAUUAAUCUUACAAAGCCACCAGCGAGGUGGUAACAUAUAACAUAAAAAUACCAAUAUAGUUUGUGUGCCCACACAAGAGAGAUAAAGAAGUCAUAAUACCUUUCCUACACACAUCUCCGUAACUGCAGCCUACAGUAGCUACAGUCUUUAACUUUCUUUUCAACACUAUGUUGCUUGUCUAGCUGAAUACAUUCGUGUGUGUGUGUGUGUGUGUGUGUGUGUGUGUGUGUGUGUGUGUGUGUGUGUGUGUGUGUGUGUGUGUGUGUAUCUAUGAUUAAGAGUAAGGUAAGACAAGACAGAGAAGCAACACGAACGGAGAGAACAGCCACCCUGAGGUGGGUGCAAAAAAUGUCCCCCAAGGUCUUCUCCAAGACAGCAAAAUCCAUUUGUUCAUAAUGAACUCGGAGGGCUGUUGUUCGACUUCUACCUGCAAACUCGACAAAGAACUCAGCUGGACGACAACAGAAGGAUCCUCUACACUGGGCCUCAGCAGCCAUACUGUCCUUUGGGACACAAAUCUGCUAAAGGUAGCACAGACGCCUAACAUAAAGCACGCCCCCAUACUUGGCCUACUAAAUGUCAGCGGAGAACUACAGGCACGUUGCACCUUACAUGCUCUGGGCAUCGCUUGAAAUAAUUAAUAGUACUACUCGGUGUCUUAGGAGGUUCAAAAGAGAUUAAAACAAACAAACAAACAAACAAACAGGGAAUCCCUCUACUUCAUCAAAGGUAGGGGGAACAACAGGUAAUAAUGAAUAUUAAACUGAAGCUAA